UCCAUCCACCACAAACGACAAAACACAAUGUCCGAGUCCCUCAAGGAGCUUGUCGAGAUCCCCCAAUCCUUCGUCAAGGAGGGCACACACUUCAUCAACAGGUGUACCAAGCCCACCGAGCAGGAGUACAUCCAGCUCUGCAAGGCCAUCGCGAUCGGCUUCGGCGUCAUGGGCGUCAUCGGCUACCUCGUCAAGCUGAUCCACAUCCCCAUCAACAACAUCCUUGUCGGCGGCGCAUAGGUUUUCUUUUCGGUCGAAUGCAUUGUAUACCCUAGCUGGGGAAUGGAGAGGGAGUGUUGGUGGCGGCAGGGGAGCGCACGGCACGAAG